AUGUCUUCAUCCAACAAAGGAAAAGAAAAAAUUAGUCUUAGACCUUUAAACCCACAAAAAAAUGAUUUUGAUGAUACUCCUUUAUGGAAUCACGUAAAAGUUAUUAACUUGGCAAGUGGAGGAGGAGGAAACAGAGUAUGGUCUUGUAACUAUUGUCACAAGAAAGUUACAGGAUCGUAUUCUAAAGUGAAGGCUCACUUACUAAGGCUUUCAGGAAGUGGUGUCACCAUUUGCAACUCAAUUUCGGAUGAUAUUGCUGCUGUUAUAAAGAAAGAACAUGAAGAUGCAGAAAGAAAAAAGGCUAAUAAAGAAAUACGAGCUAGAAGGCAAGCUGACUAUUUGAGUUUGCCACCUGGCACGGAUCUCUUGCAGCAAAAAAAAAGAAAACCAGGUGCUCUAGAAAAUGCGUUCAACGUUGCUGACAGAGAUACUGCUGAUAAGCUAUGUGCAAGGAUGUUCUAUGCAUGUGCGUUGCCGUUCAACCUUGUACGCAGCCCUCAAUUCAGGAAAUAUUCAUUGUUUUUGGCAAAUAGCAGAUUAACGGGCUAUAUACCUCCAAGUUAUGAUGGACUACGCACUACUCUUCUUGCGCAAGAGAAGGCACAUAUUAAUGUGAAAGUUCAUCAUAUCAAAGAAAGUUGGAACAAGAAAGGAUUGUCUAUUUGUUCCGACGGUUGGUCUGAUAUACAGAGAAAUCCUUUAAUUAAUAUUAUGGCAGCUUCUGAAAGUGGAGCAUUGUUUCUUUCAUCCACAAAUGCAAGUGGAGAAGUGAAAGAUGCUGAGUAUGUAGCCAACAUUUUCAUCCGUGCAAUCGAAGAUGUUGGACCAAAUAAUGUCGUACAGGUCAUAACGGACAAUGCAAGUAACUACAAGGCGGCUGGUGGGAUAAUUGAGCUUAAGUAUCCUCAUAUCUUUUGGACACCUUGUGUGGUCCAUAGCUUGAAUCUAGCCUUGAAAAGGAUGUGUGAUCCUCCUGAAAACAUAGGUGCGUAUGUUCAUUGUGCUUGGAUUUCUAAGUUGAUUGCUGAUUGUCAAAGCAUCAGAAAUUUUAUUAUGAAUCACGACUUGGCACAUGCAAUUUUUAACAACUAUUCAUCUUUAAAGUUGUUAAAAAUUGCCGAAACUCGUUUUGCAUCUGGGAUUAUCAUGGCUGACCGUUUGAGCAAGGUAAGGAAGGCCUUGGAGAGCAUGAUCAUGGAUGAAAGGUGGAAAACAUACAAAGGAGAUGGAAAGAGUGUCGUUGACAGUAAAGCCCGUGAAGUGAAGCAAUGCAUUGUUGAUGACCAGUGGUGGGAUACGCUUGACUAUCUAUUGAAUCUCACUAGACCUAUCAUCGAUUUUAUACGGGUUGCUGAUACGGAUUCUCCUAUUCUUCAUCUUGUAUACGAUAUGUGGGAUUCGAUGAUAGAGGAAAUCAAAACUGUUGUUUUCAGGCACGAGGGGAAAGAUUUGCUCGUUGUUAAGGACCUCAAAGAUCCUCUCGAGGUUCAUGAACCAGUCAUCAACUGCUUGUGGCCCGUCUGCACCGGUGAAAGUUGGCGGGGACAGAACAUGAAACUGACCCAUGAUCUGAACAUGGUUCUGCCCCUGAUUAGGAGGGGGUUGCUGGAAGACAGGGGGAUGCUGAUGAGGUGGGGGCUGCUGAAAGAUCGGCGGCUGCUGCUGAUUAAGGGGGUCUGGCUGCUGGUCGCCGCCCCUACCUCCUCGUCCCCCUCGUCCCUCUCGUCCGGCUCGUCCCUCCUCGGCCUGAAAGAAAAAUAUUUUUUAUUGAUAUUCCAAUUGUAUAGUUAUGUUUAUACCUUUAAUUUUGAGAAUAAAAGUCAAUAG